AUGCUACGAUUCAGUCUGGAUGGAGAUGCACCAGAUGCCACCCGUUACCAUGCCGACUAUUGCGAGCCACUAUGUCCUCCAUCGAUGUGGUGCACAGAAAGUCCUUUUCUUUUGCCUCCUCUACCUAGACAACCAUUUUCUGUGAUAGAUCAAGCCCUUGAUCGCACGUGUGAUCAAAAUCAAUCUCAAUCAAAACCGCCUCCAUCCGAUACAACUGACGAACAAAACCAGUCUGACCUUUCAGAAGACGAUAUCUGGACUACAGAGUUACCUCCCUUACCAUCAUAUGCUCUCUCAUGGGAGAGGCUGAGCCAACCAACAACAUAUACUCGUGAAUCAUUAACCAAUCAAGGCAUUGGUACAGCAUUCUUAACAGAAGCACCACUAAGCGUUAAUGAACCUGCAAUGACAAGCUUAAUCAAAGACACAUCUACGUCUCUUAUCGUCAAAGAAUACCACCUAGUCAAGUGUCUAGUAGAAGCAUUAACUGGGUCUCCUUCUGCGUGCUUUAGAUGGGAUUCUUCUACAAACACAUUCCAAUCGCGUGUACCACAUCUUCGUUUACUGGGUGUUAGUCCAGGGGAGCUUGAAGGAGUUAUUUCCGUAAUCUUGAUUUUUGGAGGGAGAUUACGAAGACUAGGAGAUGUUUCCAAUAUGUGUAGAGCAAAUCCUAGACAAUACUUCUUAUACACUGGCUUACAUAUUAAAGUCUAUAUCAGUAAAUAUGGAUUGGUUGGUAUGUCGUUUGGAUGCUGUCUGGCCGAACUUCAUCUUCACAUCCAUCAAGCCAUCCUAUCUUUACCGCCCACUAUCAGUCUUCUUCAAGUUCAUCAAUUUACUGACAGCUUCUCGUUGGUUAUCGAGCGCCUUUCCUGUUUGUGCUGCCUUGAAAAAUUGAGAGACGACACUCCUUUUGUUGUCCAACAAGAAAUCAGAAAUAAUGGCUUCUAUAUUCCUUUUGGUCCUGAUCUUCUCUCUUUAUUGGCAAAUGAAGUUAAGACCUUUGAUUUUUCGACGCAAGGAAAUUCGGCUCUUUACAAAGACAUCUGUCUUGCGCUAUUGUGCGAGACUAGCCGUCCUUACCUGGAUAUUCUCAGCCGGUGGUUGGGAUUGAUGGAAGAAACAGGAGAUUCAUGGGCAGUAGGCCAAGAAGUUUUUUUGUGGGAUCCUUACAAUGAAUUCUUUGUCGUUGAAAACAUGACGGUCACAGAAAAUGGGGAAGUUAGACGCUACAAGUUGAGAAAAGAGCAGAACUUUCCAUGGUGUAUUGAUCCACAGCAGGCGGACCAAAUAUUAAGAGCAGGGAAUUCACUACGACUACUACAGGAGUUUCAACCAGAAAAUUCGCUGUGUAGUAUUGGAGAUACUCAUCCAGUAGUUUUGGAAUGGCAAGUAAUAGAUCAAAGCUGUGUAGAAAAUCCUCAGCUACCCACAAGUCGGACUGACGUUCCAUUGGAUACCGAGACAAGAUAUUCACUGGAAUAUGCGCUAUUACAUGAUACCAAAAUGGAAGAACCUCGAGAGCUACGAAUUCCGGUCCUAUCGGAUACCUUUCCCCAAGGAAAAUUUAUAACUACGUUAGAGCGUCUGAUGGGAUACCGUUCAAACCAAGACAGUCCUUCAUCUUUUGUUCCCACUCUUGAAACUAUUGUUAAUAUCAGUCUCUACAAACCCCUACACUAUUGGUGUCCACUCUUAAACACUUCUGCUAUGUCUCUCCUUCUUCACAAAUUUUGUCUCAAGGAUCAUCUCGACAUCCUGCAUCGAUUCUUUCUAUUUGGCGAUGGUACAUUUGUUUCUGGAAUCACUCGCGUCUUAUUUGCUCAAGACGAACCUACAUCUACUACCCAAACCGGUCUUAAUCUUGGUCGUGACAAAACUUGGCCACCUCGAGCUUCAGAGCUCCAUUCGGCCCUUCGUCUUGUCCUAAUUGACAGUAUUGCACAAUUACCGAAUAGGCUUCGGCUUGAAGAGUCUAUUACGCAAUGUGGUCGCUUAGAAACUCUACAAGACCUCGUGAGCUUCUCAAUACGGCCUUUGGCAGACCACAACUGGGUGCGUCCUAGUAAGGUUGAAGCACUCGACUUCCUCUCAAUGACUUAUCGAGCAUAUCCUCCUCUCUCCCUCUUUAUCACAUCUGGAACGCUUGAGAAAUACGGUAGAUUGUUUAGUUUCCUUUUACCGCUGUUACGUUUACAAGCGUCCACACAACGUUCAUUUUACCUCUUACAUCCUCGCUGUACUCUGGUGUCACCGUACCCAGAAGAGCUUUUGCACACCUUGGGAUGUGUCCGAUUUCAGAUGAACCAUUUUAUGAAUGCACUGUGUGGAUUUGUAUUUGAUAUGGCUAUUGGCGCAACGUGGGAAUCAUGGAUGACUCGGCUGGAACGUCUUCAUACCGGGGAGCCCACCUCCGAUCCUCUCGAUGAGGCCUUGGGGACUAUGGACCCCGUUACAUUUGGAGAGUACCAUGAACACAUCCUGGAUCGCAUUCUAUUCCAGUGCUUUCUCAAACAAAACCAAAAGCCUAUCAUGAAUCUUUUGCGCAAAGUUUUCAAGUCAAUACUGGUAUUUGUCGACCUUUUGGAAUCAAACCGGCGUGAUGACGAAUGGGUGAAUCAAUGCAAGUCAUCUUGCCGUGUAUUCCGUAGACAAGCCUGGCAUUUUGUACAGAUGCUUCGCCGACUUGAAGAUAAAGGUAUUGGUCGCUUAGGAAAUAUGAUGAACUCGUUACAAGAUCAAGGUAAACUUGGCGUGUUUGGUGACUGGCAUGAACAAGUAGAGGCCAAGCGUGGACUCGAAGGGUUUGUAAAGGAUUUAUUGCAUCGAUUAAGUCAAGGAGGAUGGUAUGAAAUAGAAACCACAGUGUAA